GACGCUCGCUGCUCGCGCUCGGGCUCGCGAUGGGGAAGAAGUCCCGGGCGGUACCCGGCCGUAGGCCCAUUCUGCAGCUCUCUCCGCCGGGUCCUCGGGGCAGCACGCCGGGCCGGGACCCGGAGCCGGAACCCGACAGUGAACCGGACUCAACGGCGGCGGUCCCCAGCCAGCCCGCCCCGUCGGCGGCGACGACCACCACCGCGGUGACUGCCGCCGCGGCCUCGGACGACUCGCCUUCAGAAGGCAAGGGUGCGCGGGGGGACCUGAACUCGAGCUCAGGGCUUGCGGCCUAGGCUCCUCACGGCGCCUGGCCAGACUCGGCGAGGGAGGCGGGCGAGGUCGGCUUCCGAGGCCUGCCUGCUGCGGGCCUGCAGGCGAGGCGACCCUGGGCUCCGGGCCGCAGAAGGGCCAGGCCGAGUUCGGCGCCCUUGGCCCGGGCCAAGCCCGAGGCGCCAUCUGUGGUGCAGGGCUUGCCCCAGGAACGUUUGAAAUAUGACCGAAGUUUGGGCACCCUGAGUCUCCCAGACGCCCCGGGUCGGUUUUGGGUAACGCAGAGGUUGGAUAUGAGGAUGAGUUUCCGCGUGCGCGGCCUGUGACUGUGGACCAGGCCUCCACACGUCAUCUGCCUCCUUUCGGUUUUGUCGAAACGGGGAUAGAGACGUUUAGAAAAAGCUCUUAAUAUUCCAGCCAGUAAGCAUCCCCACACUAGCAAAACCCCACACUAGCAAAUUUCCUGGAGAAAUGGAGCUGGUAGGUUCCUAAGUAUUUGUGUGGUUCUCACUGGAGUGGUGCUUGGAUUAAAAGUGACUCCAGGGCUAGGCGCCGGAGGAGCCGCGACCGUUUCAGAUGUUCAGAGAUCACGCUGGGUGGUUAAUUGGAAAAAAUCCGCAAUAGCAGUGUUUGGUGUGUCUUGUAAAGGUCCUAUCAUAGCCUGGAGAAUACUUACUGUUUUUGUAUGUAUUUGUAAGUAUUGCAGAUGUAACUUUUUAAGAGUUUUGUUUUGUUUUUUCGAGACAAGGUCUCAAUCUGUCGCCCAGGCUGGAGUGCAGUGGCACGAUCUUGGGCUCACUGCAACCUCCACGUCCCGAAUUCAAGCGAUCCUCCCGCCUUAGCCUCCUGGGUAGCUGGGGCUACAGGACCCUGCCACCAUGCCCGGCUAAUUUUUGCGUUUUCAGUAGAGACGGAGUUUCUUCAUGUUUCCGGGGCUGGUCUCGAACUCCAGGGCUCAAGCGAUCAUUACAGGCAAGAGCCACCGCGCCCGGCCAUGCAGAUGUAUUAAUAAUUUUUAUUUACCAUGGUAAGAGUCUUCUCUUGAUGUUGAAGUUUGUAGGCAGAUGAAAGACUCCAGGACACGGUGACUCAUACCUGUAAUCCCAGCACUUUGGGAGGCCGAGGUAGGCGGAUUACUCGAGGUCAGGAGUUUGACCAGCCUGGGCGACAAGAGCGAAACUCCAUCUCAAAAAAAAAUAAUAAAGAUUCCAGCUCUGUGUGUUUAUCAUCUCCCAAUUAUUUGGGUCAAUGAAAUGUCCUUUUUUUUUUUUUUGAGAUGGAGUCUUCCUCUGUGGCCCAGGGCUGCAGUAACCUCUGCCUCCUGGGUUCAAGCGAUCCUCCUGCCUCAGCCUCCCGAGUAGCUGGGAUUACAGAUGAACAGGAAGCGGUGCAGGAGGUUCCUAGAGUUGUUCAGACUCCUCCAAAACCAGUCAUGACCACUAGACCCACAGCUGUUAAAGCAACAGGCGGUCUAUGCUUACUUGGUGCUUAUGCUGACAGUGAUGACGAUGACAAUGAUGUUUCCGAAAAACCAGCACAAUCCAAAGAGACAAAUGGAAACCAGUCAACUGAUAUUGAUAGUACAUUGGCCAACUUCCUAGCGGAGAUCGAUGCCAUAACAGCUCCUCAGCCUGCAGCUCCUGUAGGAGCUUCUGCUCCACCUCCAACUCCACCUCGACCAGAGCCAAAGGAAGCAGCAACAUCUACCCUUUCUUCUUCUACUUCAAAUGGAACAGACUCCACCCAAACAUCUGGAUGGCAAUAUGAUACUCAGUGUUCACUGGCAGGAGUCGGAAUUGAGAUGGGCGAUUGGCAGGAAGUCUGGGAUGAGAACACGGGAUGUUAUUAUUAUUGGAAUACACAAACAAAUGAAGUGACUUGGGAGUUACCCCAGUAUCUUGCCACACAGGUACAGGGAUUACAGCAUUACCAGCCCAGUUCUGUGCCAGGUGCUGAAACUAGUUUUGUGGUAAAUACAGACAUAUAUUCUAAGGAGAAAAUGAUUUCUGUUUCCAGUAGUAAAAGUGGACCAGUCAUAGCCAAGCGAGAAGUUAAAAAGGAAGUAAAUGAAGGAAUUCAGGCUCUCUCAAAUAGUGAGGAGGAGAAGAAAGGGGUGGCAGCAUCGCUGCUUGCUCCUUUAUUGCCUGAGGGAAUAAAAGAAGAAGAAGAGAGAUGGAGAAGAAAAGUAAUUUGUAAAGAAGAGCCAGUUUCAGAAGUAAAAGAAACAAGUACAACAGUAGAAGAAGCAACAACAAUAGUAAAGCCACAGGAAAUUAUGUUGGACAAUAUAGAAGACCCGUCUCAGGAGGAUCUUUGCAGUGUUGUCCAAUCUGGAGAAAGUGAGGAGGAAGAGGAACAAGAUACCCUUGAACUGGAGCUAGUUUUGGAAAGGAAAAAAGCAGAGUUGCGAGCCUUGGAGGAAGGAGAUGGUAGUGUGUCAGGGUCUAGUCCACGUUCUGAUAUCAGCCAGCCAGCAUCUCAAGAUGGAAUGCGUAGGCUUAUGUCUAAAAGAGGAAAAUGGAAGAUGUUUGUUCGAGCUACCAGUCCAGAAUCUACCAGCAGGAGUUCUAGUAAAACUGGACGAGAUACUCCAGAAAAUGGAGAAACUGCAAUUGGUGCUGAAAAUUCAGAAAAAAUAGAUGAGAAUUCAGAUAAAGAGGUGGAAGUAGAAGAAUCUCCAGAGAAAAUAAAAGUACAAACAACACCAAAAGUAGAAGAAGAACAGGAUUUGAAAUUUCAGAUUGGAGAACUGGCAAAUACCCUGACAAGUAAAUUUGAAUUUCUAGGCAUUAAUAGACAAUCCAUCUCCAACUUUCAUGUGCUGCUCUUACAGACUGAGACUCGAAUUGCAGACUGGCGGGAAGGGGCUCUUAAUGGAAACUACCUUAAACGAAAACUUCAGGAUGCAGCAGAACAACUAAAACAGUAUGAAAUAAACGCCACUCCUAAAGGCUGGUCCUGCCACUGGGACAGGGAUCAUAGACGGUAUUUCUAUGUAAACGAACAGUCGGGCGAGUCUCAGUGGGAGUUUCCAGAUGGUGAAGAGGAAGAAGAAGAAAGCCAAGCACAAGAAAGUAGAGAUGAGACUCUUGCCAAACAGACCUUGAAAGACAAAACUGGCACUGAUUCAAAUUCUACAGAAUCCUCUGAAACUUCCACAGGUUCUCUUUGUAAAGAAUCCUUUUCUGGUCAAGUUUCUUCUUCAUCACUCAUGCCACUUACUCCAUUCUGGACCCUCCUUCAGUCAAAUGUUCCUGUGCUUCAACCUCCAUUACCCUUGGAAAUGCCACCACCCCCACCUCCACCUCCAGAAUCACCUCCACCCCCUCCUCCACCACCUCCUCCUGCGGAAGAUGGUGAGAUCCAGGAGGUAGAGAUGGAGGAUGAGGGAAGUGAGGAGCCCCCUGCCCCAGGAACAGAGGAAGAUACCCCUUUGAAACCUUCAGCACAAACCACAGUUGUAACUAGCCAGAGUUCAGUUGAUUCCACCAUCUCUAGUUCUUCUUCCACUAAAGGAAUAAAGAGAAAAGCUACAGAAAUUAGUACUGCAGUGGUUCAGAGGUCAGCUACCAUUGGCAGUUCUCCAGUUCUCUAUAGCCAGUCAGCUAUAGCUACAGGUCACCAGGCAGCAGGGAUUGGAAACCAGGCAACAGGAGUUGGACAUCAGACAAUACCAGUUAGCCAUCCAGCAGCAGGAAUGGGUCAUCAGGCCAGAGGAAUGAGCCUGCAGUCAAAUUACCUUGGACUAGCGGCAGCACCUGCAAUUAUGAGUUAUGCAGAAUGUUCUGUCCCAAUUGGAGUGACUGCUCCCUCAUUGCAGCCAGUUCAGGCCCGAGGUGCUGUGCCUACCACUGCCAUUAUAGAACCACCACCACCACCUCCUCCUCCUCCUCCACCACCACCACCAGCUCCCAAAAUGCCACCACCUGAAAAGACAAAAAAAGGAAAGAAAGACAAGGCAAAGAAGAGUAAGACCAAAAUGCCAUCUUUGGUAAAAAAGUGGCAGAGUAUCCAGCGUGAGUUAGAUGAAGAGGACAAUUCUAGUUCCAGUGAAGAGGAUCGGGAAUCAACUGCACAGAAGCGAAUUGAAGAGUGGAAACAGCAGCAGCUGGUUAGUGGCAUGGCAGAGAGAAAUGCUAAUUUUGAAGCCCUUCCUGAGGAUUGGAGAGCAAGGCUAAAGAGAAGGAAAAUGGCUCCAAACACAUAGUUUUUAAGUUUUUAAAACUUUUUUUGUAUUAUUAUUUGUUUUGUGUUCAGUUCAAAGUCUUAACCAGUUUUAUUGUCAAAUAAACUAUAAAUGUUAUGGGGGAGAUCUUAUAAAUUUCCUGGGCAAGAGUGUAUGCAUACAAAGUUUUCACUUUUGUGAAAUGUAAUUUUUCUGUUUUGCAAAGGGAUGAGGAGAUUGGAAUUGCUUUGACCAUGCUGCCUUUAAUCUCAAACUGGCAAACUUAGCAUGUUAGGUAUAUUAACCUCAUCAGUCUUGAAGAACAUGUGGCUCAUGAGUAUAACACUUCUGUAGAGGACUCCCUGACAAAAGUGAAGAAUUAUCUUCUCCUCCAGAACAAGUGCAAUUCAGAAGGCAGCUCUGCAUUCUACCUUGCUUGACUGGAAUUGUCUGAAGCUUUUUCUGGCCUCUCUUCUCUAGUCGGCUACCCCUGAAGUGCUGAGGUCUAAGUGGUUUACCUCAUGCUGAUAGAUGGCCACACUCUUUAGAGUAGUUCUCAUAAGUUCUAGAACUGGUAGCUCGGUCAUUUCGUACACUAGGUGGCAUACAGGCAGCAGCAGGUGUUCAUAUCCUUGAUUUUGAGAAUUUCCCCUCAAGUAUGUGGCAGUAAAUGCAACGAGACACUCUAUGUAUUAAUGUCUCCAUUGUCUUAACCCUGUUUCAAAACAAAAUUCACCUCCUUUCUUUAUGUGAAUGUAUUCUCCAUAAAAUUCCAGUAUUUAAAACGCAGUUUACUGUUCUGUACUUCCUGUUGUAUCACAAUCAGGUAAAAGUCACUUUAAACUGAGGAAACGGCAAAUUGUGUUUUAAAGCUCUUUGUAUUUCUCCAGUUUCUGACCUUGUAAAUUUGUAUAUAUGCACUAAUAAAGCUUUUUUUAUAAUCCUGA